AUGUCUGCUCUGGAAAAGGCCAUGAUUGCCAUCAUUGACGCUUUCCACCAGUACUCGGGAAAGGAGGGAGACAAACACAAGCUGAAGAAAUCUGAAUUAAAGGAGCUCAUUAACAAUGAACUCCCCCAUUUUUUAGGCGAAAUUAAAGAUCAGGAGACAGUGGAUAAGGUGAUGGAGACACUGGAUGCCGAUGGUGACGCUGAAUGCGACUUCCAGGAAUUUGUAGCCUUCAUUGCCAUGGUCACUUCUGCUUGUCACGAGUUCUUUGAACAUGAGUGA